ACAUGGAGGUUCCUCCGUACGGCUUCACUCCGGAGCGGUACUGGACGGAGGAGAAGGAGAGGGCGCUCAUUGCCUUUUUCUCCAAGCACAGCUGUCUGUGGAACCACAAGUCAGAGAGCUACAAGAACCGCCAGCUGCGAUGGAAAACCCUGGAGCACCUGAGGAUCCUCCUGUCAGCUCACCCCCCACCUGUUCCUUUCUCAGUGGAAGACAUUAAGAACAAGUUCAAGAACCUUCGCACCACCUUUCAGCGGCAGUACAAAAUGGUAAAGGCGAGUAAAGUGUGCAGGUCGGACGACGUGUUCGUGCCACAGUGGAAGCACUACCAGCAGCUGAUGUUCCUGCGGGGCUGCUGGGACCAGGAAGACGGCUCCUGCGAACCGCCGCUCUCACCGCUGUCUGUUCCACAGGAGGAGAACCAGCCUGUCCUCAACUCCCCAGGGCUGAUCAUCUCCUUCCUCCCCAACCCUUCCACCUCUUCACCCUCGUCAUCGUCGUCCUGCAUCCCUGCCAACAUGAUGAUUAAAUGUUACUGGACUGAAGAGAGGGAGCGAGCGCUGAUAGCCUUUUACUCUGAGUACAGCUGUCUCUGGAACAAGAAGUCGGAAAACCACAACAACCGUCAGCUCAGGCUGAGGCUGCUGGAGGACCUGAGGAGCCAGCUGUCCAACCACUCAGUGAAGUUCUCAAUUGAAGACGUGAAGUGCAAGUUCAAGAACCUGCGGACAGUUUUCAACCGUGAGUACAAGGCGGUGCAGGCGAGCAAAGCGUCUGACAAACCCUACGUGUCCAAGUGGAAACACUACCAGCAGCUGCUCUUCCUCUGCGAGUCCUGCGAAGAGGACGACAGCCAAGACGACCUGCAGAUCCUCACGCCACAGGAGGACAAGGAUCUGGAACAUGGAAACCAAACACCCUCCUCCACCCUGAGCAGCUUCUCCUCCAGCUCCACCCAAAUCAACAACGUCAGGUUCAACAACUGCUCCGCUCCCUCCAGCGACGAUGCCAAAACCAACGCCAGCGCCGCGUACCAAAUCUUCCUCUCUGAGUCUUCAGAUAAUCUCAGGCUAGUGAGCCAAACAGCUGCUGCCACACUCCCUGCCUCUCCGUCUACGUCACUGCUGGACACCAAACCUUGUACCUCUCCUCUGAAUUUCUCCGGUUCAGUUCAGCCUGACAGCAGACUGAGCGUUGACUCUCGCUGCCACUGGAACGAGGCCAAAGUCCAGCAGCUCAUCUCGUUUUACUCAGAGCACAGUUGUCUGUGGAACCACAAGUCAGAGAGCUACAGGAACAGGCUGUUGAGACAGAGCCUGCUGGAGACGCUGAGCAACCUGCUGUCUGACAACGAACCAGUUCCAUUCUCAGUGGAAGACAUAAAGACAAAAUUCAGGAACUUGCGAACAAUCUUCCAACGUGAACACAAGGCGGUGAGCUCAAACAAAACGUGUGGUUCGGAGGACUUUUACCUUCCAAAGUGGAAACACUACCGAGACCUGAUGUUCCUCUGCGACUCCUGUGACGAGGACGAGCGUCCCGACGAACUCCACUUCAGCCAACCGCAGGAGUCCACUCUCCUCCACCUGGACACCCAAGUCGUUAGCAGCCAUUACCACGGUGCCAACCACACUGCUACCAAACUGAACAUCACAUCACGGAGCCUCGAAGCACCUCCUUCGCCUACUCCCCCAGACUCUCGGCACUCCUCGCCCUCAUCCUCGCCCUCCACGUCUUCCUCUCACACUGACAGCAGAGUGUCAGGACGGAAGCGAGCGAGCCGUCGCCUCCCGCCCCCCAGCAGCGAGGUGCUGGACUUCAUGAGGACGUUAUGUCAAAGCCAGAUGGUGUCGCCACAUGCUGGGUUUCUAAAGUAUGUGGAGGAGUGUCUGAACGAGACGCCGCCAGACAAAGUGAAAAAACUGAAGAAGAGGAUAAUAGAGACGAUCCACAGCGUGUCAGAGGAGGUUUAGUUCUCACAGUUUGUAAAGCUCAAGUCAGUCUCACUGAGGUUUUGUUUUUUCCUUCAACCUAAGUCUUAGCUUCCUCACGGCGAUGAUAACAUGACUCAUCAGCUGUCAUCUCAUUCCACAUUGGACCUUGUUAGAAACCUGUAUGAGGUUCAGCAGGGUCAGCGUCUGUCUCCAACACCUCUGCAACCCAGUUAGUGAUGAGAACACUGUCAGAAAGCCCUCUAUAUAUAUCCUGUGGCAGAAUUGCUUCAGACAGACUGAGCUCUAAUUGGAGAAAGAAAAGACGCCACACAUACUAAACCUUUCAGCAGCCUUUGGUGUUGUGUAGCUGAGAUUUUACACCUCACAGAUAGACUCUGAAUUUCAGUUACUCUGAGCUUUUACCUUCUGGGUCAGUGACAUUUCGGGAUGAAACUAAGGGUGCUUCUACACCUGCCCUGUUUGGUUCAGUUCAGUCGAACUCAAGUUUGUUUCCCCCUCAGUGUGGUUCGUUUGGGCAGGUGUGAACACAGCAAUCACACUCAGGUGUGCACCAAAACAACCGGUCUGUCUCGGUCACUUAUAGGCGUAUAUGCUGCCCAGUAAGGCUUGGAGGAAUUGCAUCCCCACAAAAAUUAAUACCAUCACAUUUUCAGAAUUUGCAUUGACUUGGUACCAAAGCAUCACUUCUUGUGCAAUCCCAAGAAACUAACGAGACGAUGGCCGUCCACGAUGUGGCCUUAAUUUGACAAGGGAUAAAUGAAAGUCUAGCUUAUUGUUUCAGAGUUCCCAGCACUGUAAAACGCCACCUUAAAAUUGCAACACAAUCUUUGCAGUAAGACCUCAGCAUGGCUGAAUGUCAGCUGUCAGGUCGGGCUGCCAGCUUUGUCAAUAUGCAGAUCGUAAAGAGUGAAACUUACCAACUGCAGCACCUUAAAGUGACACUACAGUCUUUGCUGGAAUAUCACAGAAAUUAUAUUAAGCUAUUUCUAGCAUAGAAAGUAACAAACACAACUAAAGGUCUGUCCCAAUACUAACAACACUGAUGUGCACGUUCAGGCACCGAAAUAUGCCAACACACAGUACACCCAAAGGGUAAGUUAAGUAUUUUCCAACUCUGUUUUCCCUGUUACCCUGUUUUGCACUUUUGCACUGUCAAUUUAAGUCCACUGAAGUGCUUUUUUGUCACUAACAGGCUCGGACUGUUAUUUUAGGUGUCUCACAAUUUCUGGAAAGGAUCCCUACAGAGAUAGAGCUUUAUGUUGAGGAGUAAGAUCUUUUUGUUUAACCAGAAACAGCCCUGAAAAUCACUGUUGUA